UUAUGUUCGCAUCCAUUUUGUUGAUGCAAGUUAACGUUAGCUGGCUAGUAGUAGAAAGGUUUCAGUGACUAAAACGAACCGCUCACCGUCGUGGACGGGUUAAUGAUAACAGGGACAUUUUAGUACAAUUACAAACUUUUAUAUGAAUGUAAAUUGAGUUUUUUGUUUCCUGUUGUGAGAGGGGCUUUCAGACCUCCUCUUCCUCUAUCUAUCCUUAAAAGCUAGCUAGCUAGUAAGCUAUGCCAACAAAACCCCAGGACCCAAGAAGGCAUACUCCUUUGUGAACAUUUGGCUUUGAUUCUCCAGUUAGACCAGGCCUUUGCUCCUCUUCCCCAAGGAUCAUGGCUAAAGAUGCUGAUCUGAUUGAGGCCAAUGGGGAGCUAAAGGUUUUCAUUGACCAGAAUCUCAGCCCUGGCAAAGGAGUUUUGUCCUUAGUGACUGUACAUCCACAGUCAGUUGGAGUGGGAAAACAACUGUUACCAAAAACUCUGGGUCCUUCCAAUGUCAACAUUGCACCACAGAUGGUCAUUGGUACGCCCCAAAGACCGAGUGGGUCCAAUGUGCUCCUUAUGAACAGUCCCCACACACCCAGUUCUCAGUUCAUCACUCAGAGCCAGCCCCCUGAUGCCUCACCAUGGUCCUCAGGGAAGAGGAGUAAGAAAGGGGAUAAGAAUGGGAAAGGUCUGAGGCAUUUUUCUAUGAAGGUCUGUGAGAAGGUACAGAGGAAGGGUGUCACCACAUACAAUGAAGUAGCAGAUGAGCUGGUUGCUGAAUUCAGCUCUGGUGACAACCAUAUCUCUCCAAACGAAGCGCAUGUGUAUGAUCAGAAGAACAUUCGGCGGCGUGUAUAUGAUGCCCUCAACGUGUUGAUGGCCAUGAACAUAAUCUCAAAAGAGAAGAAAGAGAUCAAGUGGAUUGGACUCCCCACCAACUCAGCCCAGGAAUGCCAGAACUUGGAAGUGGAGAGACAACGACGCUUGGAGAGAAUCAAGCAAAAACAGUCACAGCUCCAAGAGCUCAUUUUACAGCAAAUUGCCUUCAAGAACCUUGUGCAACGUAACCGUCAGACAGAGCAGCAAACAAACAGGCCGCCACCGGACAAUUCAGUCAUUCACCUGCCUUUUAUCAUCAUAAACACCAGCAAGAAAACAGUCAUCGACUGCAGCAUCUCCAAUGACAAGUUUGAGUACCUCUUCAACUUUGACAGUAUGUUUGAGAUCCAUGAUGAUAUUGAAGUACUGAAGCGCAUGGGUAUGGCAUGUGGGCUGGAGGUGGGGAAAUGCUCUGCAGAAGACCUAAAGAUCGCCAGGAGUCUGGUGCCUAAAGCACUGGAGCCUUAUGUCACAGAGAUGGCACAGGGCCCAAUCAGUAACGUAUAUAUGACGGGGGCAUCAUCUGCUAAUGGGGGUCGCUAUCAUGUUGGCAGUGACAGUGGGGCAGAUGGAACAAUGGCCUCCAGCUCCAAUGAUUCACACUACAGUGGUUCUCGGGUCGAAACCCCAGUCUCGUACAUGGGUGAUGAUGACGAUGAAGAGGAAUAUGAUGAGAACGACGACGAUGAUUAGUUCUCUCACCUUCAUUGCCUGCAAUUCUUCCAUCGGCUGUAUUCAAGGGAUUUAUCAGUCACACAAGCUCUCUCUCCCCUUCCUCUAGCACAUGUUUUAGUGUCUUAUUUUAUUUUUUUUAUUUUUUUUUUUAUUUUUUAUUUUUUUUAAUCUCUGAUACGGGCAUUGAAGAGCAUGGACUUUAAAGGGGUGAGUUGUUUUUCAUCCUGCUCUUUCUGCUGUAUGGCUUUUCCUGUUGAAUCACAACUCUGCGUUUGGUGCUAGCGCAGAUCUUUUUGAUCCUGCUGGGUCUAGUUUUCAACAGAAGGACUUUAAGGGGAGUCAGUUUGAAGUAGCAGCACUCUGCCGUUCAGUAUCCACUUGGAUUAGCACAACUCAUUGGAACCUUCCCUCUAACUUUACGGAAGAAACCUUCUCUCAUCCAGCCAACCACCUGCUGUUGGAGAAUGUGUAGUGUGACCUCCGUGUGAAAUAGUUAGGCUGUCUCCUUUUGAAUGAUUUAUUUUUUUUUCCUUUUUCUGAAAAGUGCUGGCUCGAUUCACCUUCUAAAGACUGAAGAUGGCCGCCUACUUCACUCAAAGAAUCCGCAUAGCCAGCUGCCAUUUUGCCCCGUUGGGACAAGUCUUUGGAUCUAUGGACACUUUUCGUAUGAUUGGAUGAAUUAAUGGCUUUUUUGUAGGUUUCCUGUGUGUGUGUGUGUGUGUGUGUGUGUGUGUGUGUGUGUGUUUGGCCUCCUGUUAUUCUGUGGGCAGCUGUUUUAGAGAGUUCUUUUGAACAGCCAUUCUUUUUUUUGUUAUUUGAGCUUUAGAGGUGAACCUCUCCUGUUGUUCCCUCUUUGUUUUACAUCUGACGGGCAUCAGGAAAUCUGAGAAACUUUAUUACCCGCUGAAAUUUAUAGGAAAUUUGAGGUACUUUGUUUGCAUAACGUAUCAGAAGCCUCGGAAGAUUAGUUUGUAGUAUCCUCUCCAGGUCAGUAACACUACGGAGUAUGUAUGAAUAUUCGUGUAUAUCCCAAUGUGGGAUAUAGGUCUCUUUGGACUCCCCUUGAAAAAUCUUCAAAAAAAGAAACUGUUGUACUGACUCAACAAAGGUAACUUUUUCUGUAACCUAAUAUAAGUUUGGAAAUUAAAAUAUAAUGUUUUAAAAAAAGAA